GCACAGCGCGGCCAGGCGGGCCGAGCCGAAGCGGCCGGCGGAAGUCUCCGAAGCGUGGGGCCCCGGGGCCGUUGCGGACCUCCACGCCGAAGCCGGUACUGCCGCGGAAGCCGGACCUCCUCCAGGACACGGCCUCCACCGCCGCGGCCGCCCCUUCCAUCCACCUCGCGCCAUAGCCCCCUCGCGGAGGGAUCGAGCGAGCGGGAAAGCGACACGGCCCGAGAGUCCCGCCGCGGCGACGGCGGCCCGGCCCGAGGAGACCUGAGCGGGCAAAGGGGAGGAGGGAGCGGCCGCUGGGGGCGGGGACGGGCGCGUCCGAGAAAAGCCGAGUCGGCCCGAGAACAGCCGAGCGAGUCCGAGGCGACGGGCCAGGCCGGAGCCCGAGUACGGGAGCCGACGCGGGCCGCGCGCUGGGCGCGGAGCGGCACGGCAGGCCGGGUGGACGGCUGUAGCAGCGGAGGAGGCCGCGGGUGCGGGUCCAAGUGGCGGAGGCGGUGCGGCCGGCAGCGGGGAACCGGGUGGCCGGGGUCCCGGGCCCCGCGGCGGCGGUAGCGGCGGCGGCGGCAGGAUGAUCAAGCUGUUCUCGCUGAAGCAGCAGAAGAAGGAGGAGGAGUCGGCCGGCGGCACCAAGGGCAGCAGCAAGAAGGCGUCGGCAGCUCAGCUGCGGAUCCAGAAAGACAUAAACGAACUGAACCUGCCCAAGACGUGUGACAUCAGCUUCUCAGACCCCGAUGACCUCCUCAACUUCAAGCUGGUUAUCUGUCCUGAUGAGGGCUUCUACAAGAGUGGGAAGUUUGUGUUCAGUUUUAAGGUGGGCCAGGGUUACCCGCAUGACCCCCCCAAGGUGAAGUGUGAGACGAUGGUCUAUCACCCCAACAUUGACCUAGAGGGCAACGUCUGCCUCAACAUUCUCAGAGAGGAUUGGAAGCCAGUCCUUACGAUAAACUCCAUAAUUUAUGGCCUGCAGUAUCUCUUCUUGGAGCCCAACCCUGAAGACCCGCUGAACAAAGAGGCCGCGGAGGUCCUGCAGAACAACCGGCGGCUGUUUGAGCAGAAUGUGCAGCGCUCCAUGCGGGGAGGCUAUAUUGGCUCCACCUACUUCGAGCGCUGCCUGAAAUAAGGUUCGCGCACAUCCGCCCCUGCCAGGGCCACCAGCCCCGGCGUCCCCUGAAAAUAUUUAUUGGGGGCCACAGGUGGGGGCGUGGGGCAGCCUGUGGUGGAAGCCCAUGCCCUGGCCUUGUCUCCUCUCCCUUCCACCCACUCCUAGUUACCUUUUUAUUUUUAACCACCAUGUGAUUAAGGUCGGAGCAGCCUUCCCACAACUCACUCGAUGAUGGGAAAUGAAUUGGCUUGCCUAUCCCCCAGCUGCGUGCUGUCCAGCCCCCGCCCCCACUCUGGGCUCUGGGAGAGGUGGCUGAAAGGACUGGGUGGACAAGGUCUGGGCACCCCACCCACCCCUCCACCACUGGAGGUCCCACCAGGCUAUUAAAGGGGAAUGUUACUGCA